AUGAAAGAAGCUGAGGAAAUUCAGAGUUUUUACAAGGGUGGAAUAAUCGGAAAAUUGAUAUUGAAUGGGGAUUUCCUCGACAUUUACAAAGCCUUGGCAAGAAGCAUUAGGAAAAGCUCUUGUAAAAUUAAUCAAUGGGACUUUUCAUCACCGAAUGAGUUGUGCUGUCGUCAUGAUGUGGCUUGA